ACACUGCCUGAUGCCUGUCUCCAGAGGAAGUGGCCACCCAAGGAGCUCCCAGGGGACUCUGCUCAUGGCCUGCGUCUUUGCCGAGACCACAGGUACUUAAGCAAACAGCCACGAACUCUCGCUGCCAGCAAGCACUGAGGCAUCUCUGGGCUGCCCUGCGGUGAUGGACUGGACUCCAAGCCUGCUUCUGCUCUGUGCUUUCUCCUUGGCCUUCAUGCCAGCUGCCCUCACAGAAGCAAAAGACCAAAGCAAAGCAGCCAAAGGAAGGAGAGGACAGGCUCGGGGCAGGGCCCAGCUCCCAGGGGCCCAGACCUCCCCCCCAGGCCCCAGGCUGAAGGCAAAUGGCUUGGCCAUGAAUGAUACAUACACCAUGGUGGAGGAAUAUGAGGAGAGCAUCCAGGAGAUGGUACGCCAGCUGAGGAACAGCUCGGAGCCCCCUGACACCAAGUGCCAGGUCAGCCUGGGACUCUGGAGUCCCAACAAGAGGAGUCUGUCUCCAUGGGCCUACAGCAUAAAUCACGAUGCAACACGGAUUCCCACAGACAUCCCAGAGGCGCAGUGCCUCUGCACCGGCUGCAUCAACCCCUUCACCAUGCAAGAAGACCGCACCAUGGCCAGCAUCCCCAUCUAUAGCAGGCUGCCUGUCCGCCGCCUGCUGUGCCAGCCAGGGGCCAAGGCCCCCACGAAGAAGAAGGGGUGCCACAAGAAGUACAGGAUGGUCAUGGAGACCAUUGCUGUGGGCUGCACCUGCAUCUUCUGAGGGAGGACAAGCAGGUCUUCCCAGCUCCCCCACACCCCUAUGCAGAACUAACCCAAGGCCUCUGGGCCUGGAGAGCAGCUAAUGUCUAAGCAGCCACUUCUCAUUACAGCCAUUUUGCAAGGGCCUCCAGCUGGGGCCCCCCAGCAGAGGGGUUAAUAGGGCCUGGUGCAUGUGGGGAAGACCCAAGUAGGUGGGAAGCAGCUACUUAGAGCCAUAGGCAGUUUUCCCCUUCACUCUCACAUCUCCCUGCUGAGCCUGGAGCAUGACUGCAGCAUGCAGCCCCCAGGAGCUGGCUUGGUGGGGCAGCCAGCACCCACACAGCUCUCAGCACCUCCCAACACACAGCCCCCUCACUUACCUUUUGGGCAGUGCAUGGCACAGCUGCACACCUGUGCUGUUUCCUGGCAGCUCAGCGGCAGCAAAAGAGAGAGGUAGCCAGGAUCACAGGGGAGGGGAGGAGGAAACAGCUGCUAACCAGGGCCCUCAAGCAGAGGGAAAAGGCUUCCAGUCCUGCCGGCCUUGGGAGCUGCAAACAGCACCUGCCUCUUGCUCCCAUGCCCUCCAGACAGCGCAUCAGUCACAGCAGCUGCCGUCCAUCUCCCCCAGCUCAGGUCAGGGCACAGGCAGACACCUCUGCACCUCACAAAGACAUCACCAUUUUCAGGCUGAGGGCACCCAGAUCCUACCCUGAAAGGAAGGAAGCUUUGCUAACAGACCUUCACCUGCCUCAGGCAGGCACCAGCUCCAGCCCAGUUCCUACCUGCUGCUGGGGUGGGGCC